AUGAACAAGAUGCCACCCAAGUUGAAAGAUCCUGGAAACUUCUCUAUCCCUUGUGCCAUUAACAAGAUGCAAAUUGAUAACGCCGUAUGUAACUUAGGAGCUAGUGUUAGCUUAAUACCAUAUUCUGUUUAUCAAAAACUUGAGUUAGGAGAACUUAUGCCUUCUAAGAUUACCUUGCAAUUGGCCGAUGAGUCAAUUAAGAUUCCCAAAUGGAAGGUUGGGGAUGUUCCUUUGAUAGUAGGGAAGUUUUUAAUUCCGAGUGCAAAGAUUUCACUCAAGGUCGGAGAAGAGGUUAUUGAAUUUGACUUGAAUGAAAGCAUGAAAUAUCCAUGUUCAUCUUUAGAAAAUUGCAUGUUGAUCGAUUCUCUUUAUCUUGUUGUAUCAUCCAUGCAUGAGCACUUGCUCACUUCUAACGAUCCUCUUGAGAAUGUCCUGUUGAAUAAGGAUAAGAUAGGUGCUCCUAUCAAGGAAGUGACAAUGUAUGAAGAUUAG